AUCCGCAAGUAGGGCGCAUCGCUCCCUACUUGCGGAAUAUAUAGUGUGUUUACUUCAAAUCUAAUUUAUAUAAAUAAUUAUUUUUUUUUAUUUAAUGAUCGCCGUUUCGCGGAUAACAAACCGUUUUCCGUGCACUAGAGAUUGACUAUUGAUAUAUAUAUUUUUUGUAUACUUGUAAAUACAUAAAAAAGUGGAAUUACUUGCGCGUGUGUUUUCGAACAAUCGCUGCGUGCGCGAUGGCAACUCUACUUAGUUUUUCAAGACUUUUUUAUUACGCCGCGAGUAAUUGUUUGAGAAGAGUGACACCGAUCGCAAUUUGCAAGCAACACAAUCCGACAUUAAAAUUAUGGGACAUACCAGUAGCAGAAUAUCGGACAGUUAGGCCACCAUGGAUGGCAAAAAUCCCAGAUUACCAAACAGAGGUGCGAGAGUGGGAUGAAGAGAAAGAUAAAAUAUGCGCAGAUGUGACAAAUGAAAUAAAUAAUCAGAUAGCAAUGGAUAGAAUCGGUCGUAUGUUUGCGGUUGUUCAAGUAUGUGGAAAGCAGUUUAAAGUAACAGAAAACGACAUUAUCAUUAUUGAGGGAUUCUGGCCACCAAAUAUAGGCGAUCGUUUGAAGUUGGAGAAAGUGUUGCUCGUCGGCAGCACAGAUUUCACUCUUAUAGGAAGACCGCUCUUAAAUAGAGAAUUGAUCUCGGUGGACGCAACAGUUAUUGAGAAAACUUUAUCUCACACGAAAACUCGCUUCAGGUUUCGACCGAGGAAACAAUAUCGCCGUAUAAACUUUUACAGAAUACAGCAUACAAUGUUGCGAAUUAACUGUAUAAAUAUAAAUGGAAAUAUUGAUGAAAAGAAAGAAGUUGAAGGGUUAGAUAGAGUGUAUUAACAAUAUAAUAUGUAUAUAUAAAUAAAACAAUACAAAGAAGUUUA